AUGGCAAACAGCUCUUCUAUCGCGCGACUUGGGGGAUAUGGCUGCUGUCAGACGGUGGCGUUCAUGAAAGCGACAUAUGGAUGGGACGUGCCUAUGCCAAGGACGACGUGGAGUGCCCCACGAAUGCGCGUGGCUGGAUUGUCUGGGACGGCAAUGCCUGGAAUACUACCUACACUCUCCAAGUCACAGCACCCUGGUAAAGAUUUGCUCGAUAAGACAGGAGCUAUUACUGGGCGCUUGUCCAGAAACCCACGGCUGUGUCAGCCUUCUGCAAGUGAGUGGUUUUGUGCUGGGUAUAUGCGUAAAUUCACUUGA